UUAGUCUUGGCACAGAUCGGGCAUGACAGCCUCAUGCCUGGGGAUAAUGCGGCCAUCUUGCUUCCGAAGGGAUGGCUUUCGCUCAUGCAAAGUUGGCCGCGAAACUGGAUUUAACUAAGUCCAGGAUCUGAGUGUGGUUGAAAUGCUAGUACAUCGGUGAUCUCAGCAACAAUCUGCAUGGCUUCCAGCCAGAAAGCUGCCCGGGUGGGCGAAGAGGUCUGGAAAACACGAGUGGAGAAGGUCAAUGCAGAGCUGGUCACCCUCACUUAUGGGACCAUCGUGGCCCAGCUUUGUACAGAUUACGACUACGACUACGCCCAGGUUAACCAGCAGCUCGACAAGAUGGGAUACAAUAUCGGCAUGCGUCUGAUUGAAGACUUUCUAGCAAAGUCUAACAUCGGUCGCUGCGGAAACUUUAGAGAUACCGCAGAAAUGAUUUCCAAGGUCGGCUUCAAGAUGUUCCUCAACAUCACGCCUACUGUCACGAAUUGGACGGCCGACAACAAGCAGUUCUCCUUGUUGUUUGACGAGAACCCUUUGGCAGACUUUGUCGAACUACCCGACGACGGAAGAGCCCAAGACGAGUUGUGGUUCUCGAAUAUCCUUUGCGGAAUCCUACGGGGAGCAUUGGAGAUGGUGCAAAUGUCCAUCGAAGCCCGCUUUGUUACGGAUGUACUUCGAGGCAACGAUGUUACAGAAAUGCGAGUCACUCUGCUCCGAUACAUUGAGGACGAAAUGCCUCCUGACGACGAAUAAAUGUGACGAGCAGCACCAAAUGCAAAUGGUUCGGGACAAGGGAUCUCAUCCGAACAGUCUGCUGUCUGUGGUUAUCCGAGUCACGUGAUGUGACCCCUUUUGCGCGACACGGAUCUGUCGCAGGAUCUGAUAGACCCCUGGAACAGUUUCAGCCAGGGGUCAAGGGGCAUGGGCAACUAUCUUCAGCAGACCAUCGUCGCAGUUUGGCUGCCAUCAAAACACAAGUGAUAGAAUACUAUUGUACUCAUCCGGUAGAGCCUGGAUAAGCAUUCGUUUUAUGCUGACAAUAUCUACUUCUUCACGUGGACAUGUACAUAUUAGUAGACUUUGCCUUAUCUGACACUACCGUAAUAUGUGGUUAGGUACAGGCAGGUACUACAGUGCAACUCAUCAGCCAUCG